CGUAAACCUAUGACAACGUUUGAAUAUGGCUCCGUAAACAGACUGACACAGUAAAAGUUCCGAACAACUUUUCCGCGAGCGAAAUGUUACAAACUUCAGAGGAACCACAGUUGACCACCAAACAGAAGGCUGUUAAAUACUUUAGAGACAACGAAGUCCCAGGGAAAAUAGAAACUGCUCUAAAAAAAAAUAAAAAAACACGACGUUUCGAGAAGAUCCAGAUGACGUUUAUGGCUACUUGGCAAGGUACUUUGGCCAAUUCUCCAAACCUUCCAUUGUCACUCGGGUAACAGCUAGUAAAGCUUGGGACAAGACGGACAUCCCAUGUCUCAAAUGCAAAUACACUGUCAGGUCAAAGGCAUUGAACAGGCAUGUGGCGUCAGCACGAUGCCGUGUUUGGAUGGGGAAGCCGCAUUCACUGAGGCGGCGACGUGCAUUAACGACUUCAUCUCACGCAGCAUCGUUGGGCUCAAUGCUGGCGAUCAGACAUGCGUCGAUCUACACAUCAGAACUGCUCAUGAGGAAUUCCUGGCAGAGCAAGUGCGACUCAAAGAUCUAGCGUUGAAAGCCAGCGAGUGUUCAACUGAUGCAGAUGUGGUUCAAACAAAGUCAUCCAAGAGCAAGACCAAGGCAUCUAAAUCUCCUAAGCAUUCUGCAAAGAGUAAAGUUGGGGAAAGACCAGUAGAGGCACCUGCUAGCCUGCAUGCCAUGCUACUCGCAUCUCAGGCGGUUGCCGCGGCUGCAGCAGCAGCAGCCAACGUCCCACUAUGCACCCAUCUACGGCAUCUCUCCAGCAUGCAGGACACGUGUGGGUACUAUAGACCGGCUCCCGUGGUCAGUGUGCUGAGUGGAGGCGGCAAGGGAAAGCUGAGCCUCCUCCGUGACGUCAUGGUGAUUCCUUCCUCAUCCUUCACGCUCCAACAGGCAGUGGACGUACUCAUGAAGUUAACCCUGUAUCUUGAAGCUACUUUUGGAUCUAAGUCAGGAGCAGUGAAGAAUCGCUGGGGCGUUCUCAUGCCGUCGUUUGACCGGAUAGAGCAAGCCCUGGACCCGCUACUGGAAGCGUUCUCUCAGCUACAGCUGGAGGCCGGCACUGACAUCUUCCUGGGAGUUGCUCUCAACGUUGACUCCGCCUACGAUCAGGAUAAGGGCAAGUACGAUGUCGCAGCCGGAAUGCAGAAGUCAUGUGAAGACAUGCUAGCUUACUACACAGACCUGAGAAACAAGUAUCCCUCUAUCCGUCUACUUGUCAACCCGCUGGCAGCGCAGGUAACAGCUCGAUUGAAGCAACCCUUAUACAAGGUGAUUGACGCGCGGUGA